CCAUGAUCAACGGUUUUCAGGCCUACUUUCCAGUAAAAUCAUAAAAGUCCUUAAAAGCCCACAGUAACUCAUAAGAGACCUUAUAAUUAGGCUCAAAGAUUAACUCUGUGAAAUACUGACAAAGGCAUUGUCUGAUUUCUGCUGAUUACAGUUAGGAUUGAAUAAGACGUAAAGCAGUAGAACUGAAACUAGGUGGAAUUAAAGAGGGAGCAUUUGGUUAACUUCAGCCUCGUAUUCCAGGCUGGGAAAAUGCAGCUGAUGUGUCUGUCCCUACCAGACAGGCAAAGUUCAUGCCAGAGAUAUCUGUAUAGGAGAAGUGGCCUUGAGCAGAGUUAGUCAGUGCCUGUCAGUAAAAGCAACCAAUAGAAAACAGGAACGUACAGGCCUGGCCACAGGGAGACAGCAGAAAUAGGAGGAAGUGUGGGGCUUUCCUGCCUUCACAAACAGCUGGCUUGACCUUACCAAAGCCUGGAAGAUUAUACUUCUCCUGUGUUUGGCGGCUUAAGAAAAUGCACCGGUGCUGCUUGACUUAGGUGGUACAACCUCCCAGCCAACAGAUCCCACCCGAGACCAUCGGAAAUGGUGCAGAAGAGCCGCCUGCCCGUCCUUUAUGGAGCACCUGUCCUUGCGGUUCUACUUUUGCCAUGUCUAGUCGCAGGUGUGGAGCUGGCUAUCAACAAUCGUUCUGAGAGCCACAGUCUGCUCACAGAACCUGGCUAUGAAGCGUCCCUGUGGUGCACUGUGCAAAACAACAGUGGGGCAGAGGAACUGCGCUGGUACCGAGACAACAAGACCGUGAGCAUGACAGAUGGAAAUAAAAUGAAUCAAAGUAACAUCUGCAUCCUCCCAGUCGCCGAGUCCGACAACGGAGUCCGCUUUACCUGCAAGCUGGUGCGGAACGAAUCCAUGCAGCUCUCCGUGACUCUGGAUGUCCGAUUUGCCCCUCGCCUGUCUGGGGAAGACCCUGCCCCAGCAGAAGAAAAGAGUGACGUGAGCCUGACUUGCAAUGUGAAUUCCAACCCUCAAGCUCACAUGGUUUGGUAUAAAGACAACAGCAGCCUGAGCCUGGAGAAAGGUCGCUACCAGAUACACCAGACUAGCGAGGUCUUCCAGCUGACUAUCAAGAAAGUACAGAAAUCUGACAACGGAACAUACACUUGUGAGGCUACCUCUGUUCUCGGAAGGGAGACGAAGGAGUUCCACCUGACAGUAACAGGUAAUGCUCACGAGCGUGCAGCUAAGAGCACAGCAAGGGUAGCGCGGCUUGUGCACUGACUGGUUAAUAACUACAAUGUUAGAGCCACAGUAGAUGCUUUUCUUGCUCCAUCAGUUAUUUAAAAGGAUUUGGCGGCUGUAUCUGAAGCGGCAGCUUCCCCUCUUCUGCUCUCCUGCAGCCAGUUGUGUGCGUUAGAACUUCCAACACAUUCCAGUCCCCGCUUCAGUGGCAUGCACGUUGGACAGCUUGAAUCCCAGGAGUUAUUAGUUGCCCCGAGCAAAACGUUAUAUUUAUAAACGCUGCAAAUCCCUGGGCCAGCAGAGGGUGCUGCGUCAGCUGGUGAGGCUCUGUAUAGUCACAGAAACAUGGAUGCAUUAGCGAUAUCAGGGCACUAGAUGAUAUCUGCACUUCAGGGCAGGCUGUUCUAUUACGUUUGCACAAUGCCCAGCACAAUUAGCCUGAUCACGACGGGGAUCUCUAGCACACCUGCACUGCAAACAACAUACAAUAACUUAUUGUUCUCCCUCGAUGGAAUUCAGUAGAAAUUAGCGGAGGAGUGGCUGAAAACAAGACGUUUUAUUUGAAUGAAGCAGGGCAAUGACACGAGUGUGCUUUGAA